UAUCUGUGUAUAUAAAAAGAUAGAAUUUAAUAAAAUUCUCAUUAUUUUUCUCCUAACUAGCGUUAUACGUUUACAAGUUCAUCAAAAUUGAUUCUAAAUAAAAAAAAAAAAAAAUUUUUUAAACAUGAUGUAUUGGAAAAUAGUUUUGUUCGUUGUUUUCGUCAGUGGCUAUGUUUCGUUUACAACAGCAGAGAAAAAGCCAUUUAGCAGUUUCAAUUUGACUGAAUUCAGUCAAUUUUGUAAAGACAAUAAUGCAGCUUUAAUUGAUGCACGCAGUUUAGCAAAUGAAAUUCUUGAAGCUUCUAACAAUUGUAAUGAUGAUAAAAUUCAAAAAUCAAUUGUAAAAUUAGUUAGUAAAAUAUUGCCUUGCUUGGACGAAAACAAUAAGCCAAAUAGCGAUGAAUUGACAACAAUUUAUAAAGACAUCACAGAAAAAUUAUGCGCUCACUUAGAUAUUGUACAAUUUGGCAUUAAAAAUAAACACUGUUUGAGCAACAAUUUCGAACUGUACAACUGUUUCACUAACGAUUUAAUUAAAGAUAAAAAUGAAUCUAAUGAUCUCUUUUAUAUACUUGCAAUGACUCAUUCAAAAAAACAAUGCUCCUUUUUGACAUAUAGUAUGAAAUGUUUGACUGGUGGACUUAACAUUGAUUGCAAUGUUAAAACAGAACGUGACAAUUUAGUUGAUCGUUAUUCAUCAUUAUUGAAGUGUGCCUAAACAUUUUUUUUUUUUUCAUUAUUUGUCACAAUUGAGUUUAUGAAUAAUAUGUAUUAUUCUUACUUUUUAAAUAUUUUUAAAAAUUAUGUUGUAUAAAAUGGUUUUUAGAAAAAUUUUCUGUAAAAUGUUUUUUCCAAUUAAGAUUUCUGUCAUUUGUAAUUUUUCUUUUUGAAAUUAUAGGUUAAUGAAUAAAAAAAUUUAUAAAUUGUAA